AGCUGCAAGGCCUUUCAAUACUAAUCAAGGUGGCCAAUUGUAACACUCACACCUGCCUCAGACAGACAAUAGUUCUCCCUCCCUGGACAUUCCACAGAUAUAUAAAACUCACUUGCCUAGUUUCCAUCAGACCUCACAACCUCUGAGGAUGCCUGCCAUAGAUGCAGGCAAAACGUCAGGAGAGAAUGCUUCUGGAACAUGGCUAUAUAGCCCGAAAAAACUACAACAACCCAGUGAUUCCGGCCACGAAAGUCUUCGACAAUACAAUGUUGUGAUUGUCCAGUUUGAUUGGCACUGAAUGGCCUUGCAGCUUCAGAGCCUGGCUGCUUCCUGCCUGGAGAAUUCCUUCGUUGAUGUCAAACCGUCUUAGAUGUAGUGCGGAUGGUCUCCAAAGCUCACACCCUGUUGUUUAGGCUGCUGUUUCCCUUGCUCAGCUGUUGCUUUUGUUAAAAUGCUGGGGCGGGGAAUGGAUUUGCCCCGGAAUGAGAUGGAAAAGCGAAACCAAAAAGACAGUCUGCCUUUCCCUCCCGCCUUCGCCUGAUUCGAAUUCACAACAGAAGCGGUUUCAUCUCUAGGAAAGGAAUGGCAUCCGAACAAGCUGGUGGUCCAGGAAUGUCAGACAACGUCUUUCACAUCCUUCGAAUUGGAAAAGCUCUGCUCAUUGGGUUCAUUAGAAAACUUUGGCAGGAAUAUAGCGCUUCCAAUCCCCAGGUGCCUCCCUUGGAGGAAACAACCAGGGAGGACUUGUCAUUCGAAGGAGGAGAGGACACUCCAGAUGCUGCCACAAUCACUUCUCUUCAAGAUUGCAUGUUCCGUAUAUGGCAGGAACUCAGCAGUAAUUCUGAUUUCACCAGCAUGGUGAAAGGUGCCACUGGUAAAAACCCUCUGGAAGUCCUGGCUGAUGUGUCUGAACACCUGUUUGCUGACAGGAUCAACUGGGGUCGGAUUGUUGUCUUUUUCUACUUUGCCUACAGAGUUAUUGCCCAGUACACACCGAGUUGGUUCCGUGAUGUGGUGGGUUGGGCCAUGACCUUCCUACAGAACCGCCUGGCUAACUGGAUCCAACAGCAGGGAGGCUGGGAGGGCCUCCUGUCUUACUUCGGCACCCCAACUUGGCAAACCAUUGCUGUAUUUGUGGCUGGCAUCUUGGCUGUCUCACUGACCUUCUGGAAAAUAUCUUAAUGUUCGACUGUCUUCGGUUGGGCUACAUUUAAGUUAUCUGGGAACAAAUGGGGGCAGGUUCCCCUGGUUUUCCAAUUCAAGAAUUAAUAUAUACUAAGGUUUUUCUUUCAGUUGUGGGCUGGGAAGAUUUUUCAAGUAAACAAACAAACAAACUCUGAUGCUCUUUAUCUAGGUGCCUUUCUAUGGGGAGAAAGCUUGCUCCCUUCUUUUUUCCCCUUCUUGGAUUUCCCUUCUUGGCAUCAUAUAGCUUCAGGGGCUAAAAGACAGAAGGUCAUAGAGCUUGUCAUGGCUUUGGAAAGAUUGGGAAAACAAGACAAAGGAUGUGAGAAGGUUGUUCUCAUUUGCUGUAACAAACAGUUCGCACUGCCUGACUUGUAUGAGGUUUUCGGGAAAAAGGCUCCAAGAUCUCACUUAAAAAACACCAGCAGUUCCCCAGCUUUCUCCAUACGUCUGCAUAAAGCAAGUUUUGCCUGUCUUCCUUUCUUUUCCUUGAUAUGGCAAAUCUUAGAAGUUGAAUUUGGACAGAAUUUGGCCAUAGUAGUCCACACUCUGGUUACAUCCUGAAUAGACUACUACAAUGUGCUCUACAUGGGGUUGUCUUUGAAGACUGUCCAGAAGCUUCAAAUGGUCCAGCAGGCAGCAAUCAGAUUGCUCACCAGAGUGAUGUACAGGGAGCAUACAAACCCUCCUGUUACGUCAUCUCCACUGGCUGCCAGUCUGCUACCAAGCACAAUUCAAAGUUCUGGCUUUAGCCUAUAAAGCCCUCAAUGGUUCUGGCCCAGCUUACCUGUUUUAACAUAUCUCCCUCUAUGAGCCAGCUAAGGGGUUAAGAUCUUCUUGGGAGGUCCUGCUGUUGAUCUCACCUCCUUCGCAGGUACGACUGAUGAGGACGAGAGACAGGUCCUUCUCAGUGGUGGCCCCUCAGCUGUGGAAUUCCCUCCCUAGGGAUAUUAAAUUAGCCCCAUCCCUCCUGACUUUCCAUAAGAAAGUAAAAAUGUUGCUUUUUGAUCAAACUUUUGAAGAUCUUGUGCAAUAGAUAAAUAUGGAAUUAUGUGCAAUGACUAUUGGAAUGGACCAGGUUAUGAUUUUGGAUAACGUGGUUAACAGUGAAGGCAUUUUUAAUAUGUUUUAAUGUAUUUUAUAAUUCUAUUUAAAUGCAUAUUUUAACUGUACAUUGUUUGAAGGCAUUGAAUAGUUGCCUAUGUGUAAGCCACCUUGAGUCCCCUCCGGGGUGGAGAAAGGCGGGGUAGAAAUGUUGUAAAUAAAUAAAUAAAUCUUCAGAAAUGCA